UCAGUGAAUAAUAAGGUGUCAGGGCAGGGAAUUGUAUGUAACAGCCAGGCCUCAUGUUAGGGCCCCAUACAGCAAUAGUAGCUGCAGUGCCCUGUUGGCAGCGCUGUGUACAGCACGAGAAGGCUGGUGGAGAGGAAUCAGCACAGCGCUACAUGCCGCCCAGUCUCCUCCUCCAGGAUGAUGGUGACUGGGGUGAUGAUGAUGAUGAGGGGGAGGAGGAGACAUGUGAUGGGGAUGAUGGUGCUGCUGGAGGAGGAUGCAGGUUGGCUGCCGUGCUCCGUGCAGUGCACACACAGCAGUACAGGGCUUCUGGCAGCUCCUCGCCCACAACGGUAGCCUCUCACAAGAGCUGGUCAGACAAGGCUAGGGAGUGCCUGGCAGCUACAGCCCUCUUCCUCAAUGUCUCCCCUGCGAGGCUGCUUCUCCUCCCCGGUCCAGCUGCGCCCUCCACUCAUCCCCAGGCCAUCGCUGCUUGGCCUCUUGCUGCUCGAACUCCUUGUGCUGCUUCUGGAGGAGGAGGAGCAGCUGUCUGGGAGCCCUGGGACUCACACGUCUCCCUCUUCCUCUAGCACCUUGCCGGCCGAGGAGCACAAUGAAGGCAGAGAAGGAGGACCUGUCAAUGAUCAACCUGUCAGUACAGCAGGUACUGAGCCUGUGGGCACACGGGACGGUGCUGAGGACCCUGACCGAGAUGUGGUAUUGGGUUUUCCUAUGGGCCCUCUUCUCUUCUCUCUUUGUCCAUGGAGCAGCGGGAGUUCUGAUGUUUGUGAUGCUACAGAGGCACAAACAGGGGAGGCUGAUAUGUGUGGUCUUGGUGAGCAUUGGGUUCCUAGCUUCUGUCACCGGAGCAAUGAUAACUAGUGCAGCAGUUGCAGGCAUUUAUCAAGUUGCAGGAAAGAACAUGGCACCCCUAGAAGCUUUAGUGUUUGGCGUUGGACAGACAGUGCUGACUGUAAUCAUUUCAUUUUCACGUGUUAUUGCCACACUAUGAGACUAGUGGAAGAAUGCGAAAGAAUGGUUCCAAAUGGAUCUGUUUAAAAGGAAAGCAACUGCACAUCUUUUGUUAUGUACAUAAUGUUGUAGUGCACACCACUACCCAUUGUGUAAUCAUAAAUAAUGAUAAUUUGGAGAGUGACCCGCAGCAGAACUUCAUAUUUAAGGGGGAAGAUCAUCUCUUCAGAAAAAGUGGCUUCCGAUUGCUAAGCUGUUGCACUAAUAAAUUGUCUAGCACCUCACGUGCCUCAGUCACAGGCAAGGAGCAGUACAUUUUCUACAGUGCGGUAGGAAGGAGCACCUUGCUGAACUAGUUUGGCCAUUUAGUCCUCUAGUGAUGUGAGCAUGGCAGUGGCGUACAGUGUUCUCCUUACGAUAAAAUUGAGAUGAGAUUUUUGAUUUGGAUACCAAAUAGUCACAUAAUCUUUUUGGGAGUAAUCUGAUCAUCAGAUAUUUACUACAAGAGGUUCUUCUGAGGUACACUGACAUUGAAGAGCCCAGGACACUGUACCACUGUUGUGGAUAAAAGGCAAUGGCUUGUAUGUGCCAAAUUGUUUUUCUAUGUCAUUUUUUAUGAUUUUCAUUUUCGAUGAUGACUUGCUGAUUAUUGGUGAUAUGAUUGUUUGAAAGUGAUAAGUAUCAAGCAGUAUUUCACAUCAUUGUCAACCUUGAAACUUGUCUGAAAAAUAAGUAAAAAUGUUUCAUGACUUUAGUUAAAAUUCAUCUGAUAGAAUUUAUCAGUAUAUUGCACUGGUAUGUAGCAGCAUAGUGACUAGAACUGCUAGGAUUACGAACAAAGGCUCAGAUCCCAUACAUUUAAACCUUUGCAUUCAUAGGUUGACAAACAACUUUCCGUUUUCUCCAUUCUUAGCAAAGAACAUUAUACGAUCAUUAUAAAUGUGAAUACUAUCCUCGAAGCUUUGAUUCCUAUAAGUGUAACGUGUGUUUUACACUUUAUUUUCAUUUGUAUGAAGGGAUGAGAUCAAGAAACUUUGUUUUUAGAUGCUAUCUCCAGCCAUGAGUCUGCAGAAACAAUAAUAUAGAUCCAGCUCAUGAAAUUGUAAAACGUAAGGAAAAUGUGCUGAUGAGCAUUGUGCACUAUUAAUAUAUCACAAUGAUAUUUGCCAUUCUUACUAUAUAUCCUCUCUGAGGUUCUCUAAAUGCAUGUUUAACAAAAUGCCUGUUUUAUAUGCUGUUACUGCCAGUAUUUAAUUCAAAAUAAGAUGACAGUGCUACAUACAGUACUAUAAUGAUUGAAAAUGUAUGUUUACCUAGAAAUUGCCCUUUACAUGUUACAUAUAGUAUAGUUUAUGUCAUAAAACAUUUUUUCUAGUGCACGACAUCUUGUAGUGAUCCUGACAUACUCCAUGUUUUGGAGUCCAGAAUGAUCCUGCAGGCUUUGGAGAACAAAUCUUCCAGCAUUCUUUGCCUGCUCUGGCUUGGUAUGCAUUCUACUUAAGGCUCAGUUAAACUCCUUGUAGACAGUUUCCAAUAACCUAUAUUAUAUGUAGUCCUAGGUUAUCAUACAAAAGUUAUCAAGUAAAACCUAAGUAAUGUAGAGACAUUUAGCUUUAUAUAGAAUGUUUGUGUGUGCAUGUUUAUGAGGAAAUAGGGAGAGAUAGCUGCUGACUGAUGCAGAUGAUGUGUAUGUCAUAUGUAAUGCCAGUGUUAGAUGUGUAUGUACCAUGUGAUUUUUGCCCCACACAAAGACCCAUCUCUACGUUAAAAGCCUAAAGGAAAUGGUGACUGGAAAGGCAUAAGUGUUCUCUUUAUUCUGUUGAUAACUGAAGGUUCCAGCUCCCAGACCCUUCCUGUUCAUAUCUUCUGACAAUCCUGUGAGACUUGUUAGAGAGUUGCUAAAAUUGGAGAAUUGCUUUCUAUACUGGAUUAAAUAUGGAGGAUGUAUGUAACGUAAAGCCUAAAGGGGGUAUUUAUUGAAACCAGCAUCUCAGAUGCCAGUAGGGUUGCCACCCAGCCUGUAUUUUACCAGCACAGCCGGUAUUUUAAUGCAUCUGCAGGUAAUUUUGUAGAAAAAAUAUGCAAAAGCCGGUAUUUAUUAGUAAAGAGCCCCUGGCCACUGCGGACAGAAUCAAAUGAUGCACCCUUAGCCCCACUGCCCUGGCCCUACAAAAGAGUAUAGCAGGGGGAGGGGGGGGGAAUCAAAAUGGUUAAAUGGUUAUGGCACAGAUUGGUGGGAAGGGGCGAUAAAUCAAUUGGAAUGGUUAUGAUAUGGGAUUCAGAGCGGGGAGGGAUCAAUUGAAAUGAGUAAAAGAGUAUGGCAAGGAGGGAAUGAACUGGAAUGAUGGCACAGGGGGGAUGAAUAUGAUGUCACGCAUAUAUAAUUAAUCAUGCAAAUUAGAAUGGCAGGUAUUUUGGGGCAAGAAAGGUGCCAACCCUAGAUGCCACUCUUAAAGAGGACCAGUGGCAAGCCCAAAAGAAAUAAGAUUACAUUAUUAUUAAAAUGCUUAGGGUACACUGGUCAAACACUUUUUUUGACGGUCUCUUGCCUUUCAUUUCCUGGCAAUUCAGAGAAUUAGUCAGAUUGGGGUGAACCUAAUUUUAAUAAUAGGAGUGAGUAUUAGGCCAUGAACGUGAUUAUACAGUCAGGGAGUAUGUAUUAAGUAUACACGCCCUUCAGUGUAAAGCAUAGCCACACCCUGACCUACCUAUCACCUGAUAUUCUCUCCCAUUAUUAAAAUUAGUCAGUCAAAUGUUGUGAGGUGUUCCCAAUAUAUGUGACUAGUAUCCACCAAAAGUGGCUCAAAGAAGGACAACUAGUAAUAGUGUCAGGGGUGACCAAGGCUUAUUGAUACAAGUAGGGAACAAAGGCUAGCCUAUCUAGCGCAGUGCCACAGAAGAGCUUCUGCAUCACAAAUUACUGAAAAUUUUACUGUUGGCUGUGCUAGAAUAAAGAAAGAAUACAUAGUUCAUGGGGUUGCGUAACACACAGUAUUAUUCAGGCAGUUUUGAUGGUAUGAUUGAUUAUUGUAGACAGGGGAAAAUGUAGGAAUACCUGAGCAGAAGAAAAGUUGACCAGUUGCCCAUAGCAACCAUUAAGAUCUCUUCUUUCACUUUUAAAAAGGCCUCUGAGAGAUAAAAGAAGCAAUCUGAUUAGUUACUAUGGUCAACUGGUCAACUUUUCCCCUGCACAAGUUUUGAUAAAUAUCCCUCAUAAGACAUUGUAGUUCUAAAACGUUGAUGUACCAUUAUAUCAGUGGUCGCUGGAAUAUAUUAGAUAUUUUAUUAUUGAACAACUUCAGUGUUCUCUGUCAAUCUGAAAUGUUAAUAAACCUUAAAUAGGCACUGUCGUUGAAAUAGGCACUGACAAGCUUUGUAUAGUACAAGUGAAUCUAAGAAACUUAUAGUAAUAUAUGUUAGACAAAAAUGUUUCUUUUUCUUGUUUUUAAACAUUUUCCCUCCCUCUCCUGCUUCUUAAAUUGUCUUCUCUGAAAAUCAGCUCAGCUUUGUCCUGUCUCUGCAAGACAAGCAAUACAAGUCUAUGAAGGGGGAGGAGGGAGCUCCAACCACCAGCUCUGGGAGAACUGCAAAUAUAGAUGAAGCCUGCAGAGCAGAAAUCUGCUAAGAGAUACCAUAUAAAAGUUAUAUAAUGGCGAGAAAUGGUGCUGCUCCUCAUGUACACACACAUGGCAGCUUAUCCUGAAAAGUCACCAUGUAUACCUUAAACCUGAAUAUUUAGAGAGAAAAAAAAGGUUUCGGCUUUUGUAGGAAGAAUAUGUGUGCACAAUUAUUGGGCAAAUGUUAGUGUGCUUAAUUUUUAUGCAACUAACUGAAAAGCAAAAAAUAUCCCAUCUCACUUGUUUAUUUUUAUGUGUUAACUACUUUAGGACAUGGACCAUGUUGGCCUUCCGGAUACAGGCAAUUUUCAUUUUUGUGUUUUCAUUUUUUCCUCCUUGUCUUUUAUCUACAGAAUCUAUUUGAGGGCUUGCUUUUCACACAACCAAUUGUACUUUUAAUGAGACCUUUCAUUUUACAACAAAAUGUACGGUGGGAAAAAAAACAAAACAAUUUUGCACAUUUUGGGGGACUUUGUUUUUAUUUAGUGCACUUUAUGGUAAAAAUUACAUAAAAAAUUCUCUUAAUUCUGUAAGUCAAUACAAUUAAAACAAUACUGAUUUUCUAUAGUUUUUCACUAGUUUUUCUAUAGUUAAUUUUUUUUUUCAUUUUACCUCUUUUUACAAAAAUCUGUAUGCUUAAAAUUUUCCAGUUUUGACCCAUAUAACUUUUGAUUUUUUUUGGAUAUGGGGCUGUAAUCUGCAGUUUUUAUUCAUAGCAUUUUUGUUUUGGUGGAACUUUUUGAUCACUUUUUAUAAAUUUUCUUCUGAUAUGUGAUGUGACCAAAAAUCAGCAUUUUUGGUGUUUAGCAUUUUAAAACGUUUAUAAUAUUCAUGCAUUUAUGUUGAUCAUCAACUUAUUUUAACAGUUCAGGCAAUUCUGGAGGCAGCAAUACCAGAUAUGUUUAUUUUUUUUGUCAAAUAAGAAAAGGAUGGUGAUAUAUUAAAAAAUAUAUAAUAAUUAUUUAUUUUACCCUUUUUAAGUCCCCAUAGGACUUUUAUAUGCAGUCAUUAGCAUAGCAUAGCAUUGGAUAGCAGUGAACAGUAAGAUCGGGGCUUCACUGAUACAGCCUGACUCUGCCAGACUGCAUCAUUAGAGCGUUGAUUUCAUACACUCAUGUUGCAAGGGGUCCGAUAAGCAUCUUCCAUUAUUCCUUUAGAUGCGGUGAUCGGCUUUGAUCAUGGCAUCUAAAGGAAUAAUGAAUGAUAUCGUCCCUCACCACCUAUAAAGCAAGCGCAGCUCCUCCUCUUGUUUCAUAGAUAUGUAUUGACGCAAAUACAUAUAUGCCCUUGGUUGCUAACUGACUGAUCAGGGCAAUGUCCGGCAUUAACCCUUUAGAUUGCGGUGUCUAAAUGCGGUAAAUUUCAUUUCCGGCUAGCUUAGUGAGCUGAUUGGGACCACCGGGUCAAAAUAGCAGGGUCCCGAUUAGCAAAGAGGAUGGCGGAAGGUCCCUUACCUGGAUUCUCGCCAUCCGAUCCCGGCUCCCUUACUACAGGGAGCCAUGGCAGCCUGUAGUAAUGGUGCGCCAAUAACACUGAUAAAUGCUGUUCUGUCGAACAGUAUUGUUCAGUGUUUGCAAUCUGAAGAUUGCAAGUUAUAGUCCCCUAAAGGGACUGAAAAAUAGUUUAAAAAAAAGUUUACAAUUUCUUUUUUUAAAUGUGAAUAAGCCUCUCCCCUUGUAAAAGUUUUAAUCGCUCCCCUUUUCCAAUUCUAAAAAUAAAAACAUGUAAACAAAAAUGGUAUCACGGUGUGUGAAAAUGUCCUGGUAAAAAAUAUUGUUAUGCCAUGGUCAAUGGCAUACACGUAAAAAAAAAAAAGGCCAUAAUUGUGUAUUUUUGGUCACUUCAUAUACCAUAAAAAAAUGAAUAAAAAACAAUCAAAAAGUCCCAUCAAAACAAAAAUUAUGCUGAUAAAAACUACAAUUGAAGUAGCACAGGUCUCGGUAUUCAAGCAGCAA